ACUAACAUACUCAUUGUGUUGGUCACAACGUUGGAAAGUUCAGAUUUGGAGGAUUUUAUUUGAGGAGGCGGGUAAAUCAUCUGGUCUUCGUGUGUGUAUAUAAAAGGGAAAUGUCCGGACGAUGCGGUACAUUACGUUAGUUGUUAGUCGUUGCGUGUCGCGACGCUGUGUGCUUUUUUGCGGUUGUUUACAAAAUUUUAAUUCUUCCGCAACAUACAAAUUGACACGAAAUAAUCAGAGAAGCGUUAAGUUGUUGUGAGCGCGCAUUCUACUAUUUUGCAAAUAGGAGAUUUUACGUAAAAGGAUGCAGUUAGCGUUAGGAUUUUUAACGCUAUUAGCGACUUUUUCGUGCUUUCAAGAUGUCUCGGCAGGUACCCCUAACUAUCAACGAUUUAUUAAUAAUCGAAAAAUACGCCAGGAAGAACAAGGUAACAGAAUCGGAAGACAAACAAACGCUGAUCAAAUGGUUCAAAACAUCUUGCGUUGGUUACAAGGAGUUUAUACACAAAACAGCAGAAAAAUUCGACAAGGAACAAUAAGAGAAUAUUUGCCACCAAUUAACACUGAAAAACCCAGACCAUUCGAACCUUCAUUUCCUGAUCGACCUGAAGAUAAUACUAUAGGAUACCCGACGCCUCCGUCAGGAAUUUACCCACCAUUAGAACCAAGUUAUCCAGGAACUGGUCCUAGUAAACCGGAGCAACCUGAAACUCCAACAAAGCCUGGUGAACCAGGAUAUCCCGGAAAACCAGAAGAACCUGGGUAUCCGGGAAAACCGGAGGAACCUAGUUAUCCAGGAAAACCAGAAGAACCUGGAUAUCCGGGGAAACCAGAAGAACCUGGAUAUCCAGGAAAACCAGAAGAACCUGGAUAUCCAGGAUAUCCGGAAAAACCAGAAGAACCUGGAUAUCCAGGAUAUCCGGGAAAACCGGAGGAACCUGGUUAUCCAGGAAAACCAGAAGAACCUGGAUAUCCGGGGAAACCAGAAGAACCUGUAUAUCCAGGAAAACCAGAAGAACCUGGAUAUCCAGGAUAUCCUGGAAAACCGGAGGAACCUGGUUAUCCAGGAAAACCAGAAGAACCUGGAUAUCCUGGUAAACCAGAAGAACCAGGAUAUCCUGGUAAACCAGAAGAACCAGGAUAUCCAAGAAAACCGGAAGAACCUGGAUACCCCGGACAACCAAAAGAGCCAGGAAAACCAGAAGAGCCAGGUUAUCCGGGAAAACCAGAAGAGCCAGGUAAACCAGAAGAACCGGGGUAUCCUGGUAAACCAGAAGAGCCAGGUUAUCCAGGUAAACCAGAAGAACCCGGAUACCCUGGAAAACCAGAAGAGCCAGGUUAUCCAGGAAAACCUGAAGAACCAGGAUACCCUGGAAAACCGGAGGAACCGGGAUAUCCUGGAAAACCAGAAGAGCCAGGUUAUCCUGGAAAACCGGAAGAACCCGGAUAUCCAGAAAAACCUGAAGAACCAGGAUACCCUGGAAAACCGGAGGAACCGGGAUAUCCUGGAAAACCAGAAGAGCCAGGUUAUCCUGGAAAACCUGAAGAACCAGGAUACCCUGGAAAACCAGAAGAGCCAGGUUAUCCAGGUAAACCAGAAGAACCAGAGUAUCCAGGCAAACCAGGAGAACCAGGUUACCCAGAAAAACCGGAAGAACCAGGAUAUCCAGGCAAACCUGAAGAACCUGCACAACCCGGAAAACCAGAAGAACCAGGUUAUCCAAGUAAACCAGAACAACCAGGAUAUCCCGGACAACCCGAAGAGCCAGGAUAUCCCGGAAAACCAGAAGAACCACAACAACCAAGUUAUCCAACUCCUGGAGAACCUGAAAGACCCGGAUACCCACCAUCAGGAGAAACACCUCAACCACCAUUUGAUUUACCUACCCAGAAACCAUAUGAACCUCAACCGGAACAACCUCCUCAACCUGAACAACCAACACCCACCGACACUGAAAAACCUUAUGAACCCGGAAAUCAACAACCUUCUGAAGAACCUUCUCAACCUGGACCGACAGGUUAUCCACCUAUAGGUCCUGAACCUAUUCCUGGAUUUCCAGUUGAAAGACCAGAUCAACCUAUUGAACCGUCCCCUGGAAGUGAAACAUCUGAUGGAACGCCAGAAACGUAUACUUCUGGUCCAACUGGAAGUACCAAGGAAACGCCUUAUUAUCCUGGAGAAUUAAUAACUUCUGCACCACCGGGUGAUCAAGAAACUGAACAACCGCCGCAACAAAAGCCAGAAGAACCCGUAGAACAACCGCCAGAGAAAAAACCAGAAGAACCAGAACAACCUACAGAACAAGAAUUACCAGAAGAACCAAGUAGUCAACCAGAACAACCUGCCAUAACAACAAAACCAGAACAACCCAAAGAACCAUCCCAACCACCCACAGAAGACGAUUUAAGCCACCCACCACAUAUUCACGCAUUAGACGUGAUUUGCGAUCAAGAUAAAAUGACGAUUACAGUCGAAUUCAAUCGACAAUUCGACGGGAUAAUCUAUUCAAAAGGUCACUACAACGAACCCGACUGUAGAUACGUAAACGAGAAUUCGGGCCAAACCAAAUACGAAUUUACGGUAUAUCUAAACCAAUGUGGAACGGAUUUAGUGAGUUCCGGUGAAGGAGUUGACACCAACUACUUGGAAAAUGUUUUGGUCAUGCAAAACGAAGCUGGAGUACAAGAAGUUUGGGAUACGGUUCGUGCCGUACGUUGUCACUGGGAACAAAGUUUAAAGAAAUCGUUAACAGCUUCGUUGAGUGUGGGUAUGCUUAAACCUGAAAUCGUUACUUUUAGUGGUGAUUCAAUAAUGGCUAGGUUGGAUAUUCAACAAGGUGAAGGUCCAUUUGCACCUACAGUAAAUGGAUUAGUUCCAAUUGGUGAAAAAAUGACGCUUGUUGUAUCUAUAACAGGAGCUGAUGGUUAUGAUAUCCAAGUUAAAGAUUGUAGAGCAAAAGACACACAAAGUAGAAGUGAAAUUAUUUUAAGCGAUGAAGACGGUUGUAUUAUAAAACCAAAACUUUUCGGGGCAUUCCAAAAAUUGAACGAACCAGCCGGACCAAUUUUAGCGUACGCUUUCUUUAAUGCAUUUAAAUUCCCGGAUAUCAUGGAUUUAUUAAUUGAAUGUAACGUAGAAUUGUGUAAAGAUAAAUGUGAAAUUUGUUCGGAUCCUAAUCAAAAAGUUCGACCAGGAAGAAGGAGAAGAGAUGUUUAUAAUGAAACAUUAACAGAUCCUAUUCGCGUUGGAAAAUUAUUGAGGGUUUUAUUACCGGAAGAUUUGAGUAGUGGUGAAGCUAUCGUAAAAAUUGAUGAUGUUGAAGAAACCGUUUGCGUUUCAGUAAAGACUUUCGUGAUUACUACGACGUUAAUGAUCUCCUUAUUAGCAACUGCCUCUAUAUUCAGUGCCUACAUUUACUUAAAAUAUCGUCGUAACUACUAUAAACGUUAACAAUGCUUAAUUUUUUUUUAAUUUUUAAUAUAAUGUUUUAAGAGAAAAUCAAAAUUGGAUCUGAUAAAAAAAAUUUAUGAUUAUGUUUUCAUUAUCUUAAUUAUAAUAGCCAUAAAUGAUCAUAAUCGAAACAUAAAUCCUGCCGAUUAUUUUGUGAUAACAAAAAUUCAAUACUUUUUUACUAUUUACUUUGUUCCUUGACUUAAAUGUAUAUUAAAAUUAAAUUAUUAUUUUUCUAUGAAGUGUUUUAACCAAAUAUUCUCUUUUUAUAUUUGUAUAUUUUUGUAUCUCUCCUUAAUAUGUAUGAAUUAAUUAAGGUUAUGUAAAUAAAUAUUUUAAUUUAA